GCACCGUACCAGUUAGUGUUGAGCGGUUACUCUCGCCUAGUGGACGCAUAUCUCGAUAGCCCCGAAAAAAGACAGAAAACAUAAACCAAAAUGGUCAAACUAUUCGACAACGUCAACGAGGAGGUCUACCGGACCUACGUCUUCUGGGCCGCGGUGCUGGUGGGCAAAAUGCUGAUAAUGUCCAUCCUGACCGGGAUGCAACGUUUCCGGAAGAAGGCUUUUGUCAAUCCGGAAGACAUUGCUACCAUGCCAAAGUUGAAGCUGAAGUUUGACGAUCCAGAUGUGGAACGUGUUCGCAGAGCCCACCUGAACGACCUGGAGAACAUUCUACCAUACUUCGUGAUCGCUUUCUUCUACAUCCUGACCAAUCCGGAAGCGUGGAUUGCCAUGAACAUCUUCCGGGCCGUUGCCGUAGCUCGGAUCAUGCACACCCUGGUUUACGCCGUGGUGGUUAUCCCACAACCGGCCCGGGCCAUCUCCUGGUUCAUUCCGUAUGCUGCUAGUAUCUUUAUGACGAUCAAGACGGUGCAUUUCUUUCUGUAGAGGAAAUUGACCGCAUGGUGGUAGUCAGCAGACAAUGGACGAAUGGUGGCAUAUGUAAUAUAAGCUCUUUUUUCUAUAAGUUGUGUGUGAAGUAAUUUUAGUCAAAAACGAUGUUAGAUGCUGUAUCACAGAUAAACUCAGGAAAAUGUAGUUUUGAUUAAAGUUUGGAAUUAAUACAUUAAAUAAGUUUUUGUCUUAAAAAUA